AAGGAUAAAUAUCAGGACGAGGAUGAUCUCAUGGUAUGCGCUAAAAAUCAACAUUUUUUCAAAGCCAUAAUUUUCUCUUCCUUCAAACCGCAUCGAGAUUGAGAAAAAAUUAGGUGGGGAAAUUUCAAUGGGAUGUAUAAAUGUCGACACAGCCCGAAUAGAAAAACAGUUGAAGGCGAACCUUGGUCGCUGAUAAAGGUGUCUUGCUGGAAGGAUCGUGGAGAAAAUGAGGUUUCUCUUCUCUGUGGCAAUUUUCAUCAUUGUGGCUUUGACCUCUUGGUCAAAGUCAGUGGGCGGUUUGACAGCGGUAGACGAUAAAAUAAAUAUUGAUGGCAAUGACAAUAAUGAUUCUGUACUAUUGGCACGUGCAAAAGAACUCUUGAAUAAAAUUCAUGGUGAAUAUGGUAGUUGGAAUAAUAAAUUGACCCUUGCCUUGUGGAACUACUCAUCGAAUUUAACAGACGUAAAUCUUGAAAGGCAGCUCAAUGUAUCGGCGCAAUUUGCAAAUUACGUGAGACAAUUGACAAUGGAAAUCAAUGAUUUCCCGUGGCACACAAUAAAAGAUGAAAAUGUUAAGAGGCAAUUUGAAAAAUUAUCAACCCCUGGAGCAUCGGCCUUGCCCAAGGACAAAUAUAAAGAGUACGGUGAGGUAACCAGUAGAAUGGAAAAUACAUACGCAACAGCUAAAAUUUGCGAUUUUAAAAAUUCAUCUAAUUGCAAUUUGGCAUUGGAGCCGCACUUGACUGAAAUAUUAAUAAAGAGUCGUGAUCCCGAUGAAUUAAAGUACGUGUGGAAGGAGUGGCGAGAUGCAAGUGGAAAAAAAAUGAAAAAUGAUUUCAUACGAUACGUUGAGUUGAGCAAUGAAAUUGCCAAAUUGAAUAAUUAUAGUGAUAUGGCAGCUUUUUGGAUGAAAGAUUAUGAGGAUGAUGAUUUCACUGAACAUAUUGAAAUACUCUGGCAACAAGUUAAACCACUUUAUCUGGAAAUACACGCUUAUGUUCGACAUGCCUUACGUUUAAAAUACGGAGAGGAUCUGGUUCCCAGAGAUAAGCCUAUUCCAGCUCAUCUUUUUGGCAAUAUGUGGGCACAAACGUGGGGAAAUAUUGCAGACAUGGCGAUCCCCUACCCAGGUAAACAAUUGCCAGAUGUUACCGACACAAUGAUUAAGCAAGGAUAUAAUGCCACAACUAUUUUCCGUACUGCUGAGAAUUUCUUCACGUCUGUUAAUCUAAGUGCAAUGCCCGAUACAUUCUGGAAGAAUUCCAUUCUCGAAAAACCAGAUAACGUCGAAUUAGUUUGUCACGCAAGUGCUUGGGACUUUUACGAUGGAAAGGAUUUUCGCAUAAAACAAUGCACAAGAAUUAACAUGGAAGAUUUAUUGACUGCCCAUCACGAGAUGGGACACAUUCAGUAUUUUAUUCAAUACAAAAAUCAACCGACAGUUUUUAAAGAGGGGGCCAAUCCCGGAUUUCACGAGGCAGUUGGAGAUACUAUUGCACUGAGUGCAUCAACUCCAGAGCAUUUGAAACAAAUUGGACUUCUCGAUAAUGUAACAGCGGACAAAGAAGCUGCUCUCAAUCAUCUCUACAUUAAUGGCCUCGAAAAAAUAGUAUUUCUUCCUUUUGCUUAUGCUAUGGAUAAGUGGCGGUGGGGUGUAUUCCAAUCACAUAUUCUCCCUGAUACUUAUAACUGUCAAUGGUGGAAUCUCGUUGAAGAAUUCCAAGGAAUUGUUCCACCGGUUCCACGAAGUGAGAACGAUUUCGAUCCCGGGGCUAAAUAUCACAUCAUCGCUAAUGUUGAGUACAUCAGGUACUUUGUUAGCUUCAUAAUUCAAUUUCAGUUUCACAAAGCACUCUGUAUUGAAGCUGGACAGUAUAAUCCAGAUGAUCAAGGAGCCAAAUUAUUGAGUGAGUGCAACAUUUAUGGGAGUACUAAAGCGGGAAAUUUGUACAGAUCCAUGUUGGAGCUCGGAGCCUCUCAGCCGUGGCAAGAUGCCAUGGAGAAAAUAACAGGACAGAGAAAUAUGGAUGCAAGUGGACUCUUGGAGUACUUUAAACCUUUGCAAUUGUGGCUUGAGUCUGAGAAUAGGAAGAACGGUGAACGCAUUGGAUGGACUGCAAAUAGCAAAAUUUGCACAGCAAAACACUAGACCUGUCCAAUCACGUAAUGAGCCAACUUCUUUUAAUUAAUAUGAUGACUGAGAUUUUACAACUGGAGAUUCGAUUUUUUGUUUAUCUUACUUUUUUUGUUCAAAACGGAAGAAUAAAUUACAACGAACAAUAAUGAUUGUAAACGCAAAAUACAAUGAGUUGAGGGAAA